CGCUGUCCACUACAGGAAGGACGGGUCUAGAACGAGGCCACCAUGGAAGGAGAACGAGCGCCCACCACAGGCGUUGAUCCCGAUCACGGAGAGAGAGGAAGGGAGAGCGAAGGGGAGCCACAGCCCUCGACAGAGAGCCCCGCUGCAUCCCCCGGGCUCAUGGGCCCGCUCGCCCCGCCCAAACCCACCCUGCAAGCAGAAAGCCAUCCCACUCUUCUGACUGGCAUUACCAAUCCUGGCUUCAUGGAAGAUCCUCCACCCUACUCUCCGCCAGACCCGAAGACUGUCCACCUGAUCUACCCAGCCUUCCAGGGCAACGUCUCUGGGCCAGGGCCCAUCUUCCUCCAGCCGACAGCCCUGCAGCCGGCCCUGAACCCGCAGCCGCACUUCUUGCCUGGAUCCUACCCCUUCACCGUUCAAUACGACAGCUCCCUUCUCAGCGAGAUCCCAAUAGAUCCCAGCCCCAGGAGGCCGCCGCCCAAAGAUUACUUUGUGGAAUCCGUGAUGGUGAUGCUCUUCUGUUGCUUGCUGACCGGUGUGGCCGCUCUUGUGUAUUCCCAUGAG